AUGGAAGCCCAGAGGACGGACGGACUCUCUCAGGGUGUAGUAAGGUGGCUGGACACAACGGGCUCAGCGGACGCCGGAGACGCUGAAGAGAGGUUCGACUCCUAUCAGCUGAGCGAGGAUAGUCUUCUGGUGAGGUACAUCCCCCAGGCGGACGACGAGGAGGUCGGCGGCACGGCGGAGGUUGAGCUGUAUUCCCUGCGGAAAUUGCUGUCAGCUCGGAUCUGGGAUCGACUGCUGGAUGUCUUUUCGCGGUUUGGAUUCCCGGUCCAGCUUAUCACGGAUAACGCCUCGUACUUUACAAGUAAGGUGUUCGGCGACACAUGCUGGGCAUUGAGUAUCCGACACAAGAAGACGUCCCCCUAUCACCCUCAGGCAAACAUAACUGAGCGGGUUAAUAGGAAUAUCAAAAUGAUGAUCGUAACGCUUACCAGCAGGCAUAAGGAUUGGGACGCGCGUCUAACCGAGAUUGGCUUCGCCACUCGUACGACGGAAAAUAGGUCUACUGGGUUCACCCCUGCCUAUUUGAAUUUUGGACGGGAAAUAGUAUUCGCACUGGAAAACACGCUACGAACACUGAGGGAACAACCUCGUCGCCCGUAUGCACGAUAUGCGGAAGACAUUCGCAACCGUCUCUCAACUGCAGUUCGUUGUGCACGUGAGAAUCUUAAGGUCGCACGACUGCAGCAAGCAUCCCAGUACAACAAGGGUCGACGCUAG